AUGACAGAGAUCAAGCAGUUGAAAGCAAGGCAAGGAGGAGGAAGAUUGGAGGAAGUAAUGAGAGAAGCCAUUACCACUCCAUUGAUAGCAUAUCUAGCAAGAGCAAUCAUCCCCCAAAAAUGCCCCAUCCCUGCAUUCGAAUGCUACGAUGGCUCCAACGACCCAGCAUCUCACCUUCGUUAUUACAAUCGAACAAUGGCCCGAUGGGAAAGGGAUGAUGUAGUUCUGUGCAAAUAUUUUCCUUCAAGUCUGAAAGGAUCAGCACUGUCAUGGUUCAAUAACUUACCUCCUAACUCCAUCGACUCUUACAACCGGCUCACCGAGGUAUUUUUAGAGACCUACAUAUACGCAGGUAUGGAUAAGCUAUUUUCGCUAGCGGUCGGACCGACGGAAACCAUAAGGGAAUAUACGGACAUGUGGCAUAAGAUUUGUCAGGCAAUAGGGAACGUCAACCCAGUAGUCAGCAUCAACUGCUACAAGUGGGGAUUGGAUAGAAUGAGUCCUUUAUUUGUCGAGAUUCAUCAGAGUAACCCCAUAACCGAAGGAGAUCUCCGCGUAAUCAUUGAAAAACACGCCAGAUUGGAAGAGAUCCGGCGAGAGAAUCCAACAGCGCAGAUGCAGGAGUACAAUCGACCAAACUCAGUGGAACAAGCCAGCGGGUCAAAGAGGAUGAACUCUACCGAGCGUUUCAACGAAGAUAAGCAAGGACGAAGAGAAGAUUAUCGGCACAACGAUCAAAAAUUUGAAGAUCAAGUCAAUACGAAGCUUAACACGAGUUAUGUUCAUAUUUUAAGAGAAAUUAAAGGCCAGGCCAACUUCGAAUGUCAACGGUCAAAGGGAAAGCAACCAUCAAGAUCUGAAAAGUUAAGAGACUAUUGUGAUUACCACUGCUUCAACGGACAUCAGACAGAAAAAUGUAAGAAUUUGAAGAUAAUGAUCCAAAAACUUAUUGACGCUGGAGAACUCAAGGAGUACGUCCAAAAACCAGAUGCACAGGAAAGGAACAACCGAAGUAAGCAAGUACAUUUUCCGGAGAAUGACCGAACAAUUAACACAAUUUCCUGCUCCGAGCCUAUUGGGUCAUCGUCAACAGGGCAGAUUGGCAAAAGAUUGAGGAAACAAUUUGAGUAUUACUGUGAGUUAUACAAGAUCGAUGGGAAGGAAGUCGAUGAGUACGAGGAAUGGAUGAACGUGUCGCUAACGUUUUCCACCGAUGAUGUAGAAGAGGAUAUGGAAGAUCGUAACAAUCCUUUAGUGCUCACAUUACCCGUCUCAGGAUGGAACAUAAAGAAGAUCUUGAUCGACGGAGGGAGUUUAGUGAACGUCCUGUUCUAUGAUACCUUCAAACGGAUGAAGCUAAAUGAUGAACAACUGAUGUCUUCGUACUACACCAUCUAUGGAUUCAAUAGAGCAUCUACGAAGCCUCUGGGGGACAUCGUUCUAGAAGUCAAGGCAGUACGAAUGAAAGUAAGUACCAGAUUCAGUGUAGUUGAUGCACCGUCACCUUACAACGCCAUCAUCGGACGACGAUGGGUGCAUAAACUCAAUGGAGUAGCGGCAACAUACCACUAA